GUAUGCUAUCCAUUAGUAACGGCGGCCGAGGUCAACAGGUCGUUGCAACAACUUACUAAUCAUGAAUUCAAUAGGAUUCCCAGAUGGUACGAAUUAGGAAACCGGCCGUCAGUCAAAAUUUUUCUCAUACACGGGGCAAACACAACCUUUUUUGACAACGCGGUCAACAAUAAUAGGUCGAAAUGUAUUAAUCUGUGAGACUCGGCGAACACGUGACAAGAAAGUGCUUCCAUUGGCUACGCGAAAAUGCGCAGUUCCAAGCUUCCCAUAUAAUAGCAGUAAGGAGAUGUGUAUUCAGAUGCGGUAACGCUGUAAGUAGGGUAGGUACGGCAUCGAAAAGAUAAAAGUAAGCUGCGUUAUGGAACAAAUGGCCCAGACUUUGGAAUGGCAGGUGAAUGAGGUGGUGUUGCCUUUCCUGCGGAACAUUCUGCUCCCUUUGCUAGGAGCCCUGUCGAAGAAUGUCAUACAGGGUAUGUUGCCCACUCCAUUGUUGGCCCUGCUGCGAACCAUACUUCCAAUGCUGCGUAACGCACUGCCACCAGGCAUGUUCACCAUGCUGUCAUCCUUCCUGGGGACUGAAUACCCACAAAUCACGCACGUGAAUAGUGAACUCAGUAUGUGUUGGGCAGUCUUCGUGAUCGCAUGUGUUGUAGAUUUGGUUGGACAACAAUGAACAUAUGUUGCAGAAAGUGGCUGUAGAAUCGCACAGCAGCACAUACUAACAAACAAGAUGCACCUUUAAACCAAAAGAAACUGCAUACAUACUAAUAUUUGUUUCAUUUAUCAUGUUUAUGACCACCUGGCAAUAUCUUGAAAAACUAUCCGUGUAAAUAAUAACUUGUCAUCUCUCAUGCCUACUGUAUGGCUAAUUUAAGAAAGCAGUUUGAAACUUUGCUGGAAAAGGCAGCAGAAUUCUUACUAAUUCUGUCACAGGUACAUUGUUAAUUGUGUGAAAAACUGCCAUUUUAUGCAUUAUUAUCAAUGCUGCAGCAGCAGCAAAAAGACUUACUAAGCCUGUCUAUGAAUAAGGCACACAUACAAGGCCCGAGUUAACUGCUAUAUACAUUGUUGCUGUCAUGUGCACAGUGGAUUGUUUUCAACCUAGACAAUAGUUAAGUCAAAGAAAUUUUCUAUGUAUUCUAAAAAUAUUAGCAGUUUUUCUUCAUGGUAGUGAGUGAUUACUUACAUAAUGUGAGUUGAGUUAAUCUAUUCAUGCAUGAUGCUAGUUUAGCACUAAAUUGUUCUAUGUAGUAUUGUAAAAAUGCACUUAUGUUUCUUUUGAACCUAAUGAUUAAUAAUGUACAUAAAUGUAAAUGGGCUACAUGAGAUGUACCUGUAAUUUUAUGAAGGAAGGAAUAUUACCCGCUUAUUCCUGUGGAUGAUGCUGUUAUUAGAGGCAGACUGAAUUUUAA